AUGUUUUCCAUCUCAUCAUCAAUUAUUGGUGUAGUUAUAUUUUUUUUGAUUCUAAAUGCCAUCCAGUUUUUGCUAUGGCUUCUUCGGAAACCUAUUCGAGAAGAACAAAGUGCGCCCAUGUUUAGUGAACCCCAUGUGACUCAUCGCCAUCUGGAAGCAAUAUCGGGCACCUCACAACCUAGAAGCGAAGUUUUUGGAAGCUUACAUACAACAAAUCAGUCUACUACUCCAAAUGAUUCUUUUGCAAAUUUUAGAGCCAGGUUGCUCGCUGCCAGAGGUUCCACAGGAUCGCAGUCAGAUGUGGAAACAAGCACAAUGUUGCCAAGGAGAGACGGAAAGCAAUUUAAGAUGAAGUUCAAAGAAGUUAGGGAAAAGGCUAAGCUGAGAAUUCAAACCGUUGCUGAUAAGUAUUCUAAGAAAGUUCAGAGGACAGGAAGAAGAAGUCUGUCUGUUAGUAUAAACUCGGUUAUGGAUGAUCUCUCAUCGAAAGCACCUAAUUUUGAUGAUGAAGAUCCACCUCCACCAUAUUCAUUGCAUUGA